CACCACCUUUUCCAAGAUGUACGGACGAGGAAACCCAUAAGCUAACCAAUAUGGGCCACGGUUGGAGUCUUUACGAUUGGAGGGAACGCAACAUUCAAUGGGUACAGAAGUGGGAAAAUGAAGCGCUAGCAGAUAUAGUGUAUCAACUUAGACCGUACGAUGGAAGUACAGCUCAAGCGUACAAGCAGUGGUACUGCAUCAGCACGCGUACAAGCCUGGCCGGUCAACCAACUACGAUAUCAACAAAUCUCACGCACGAGGAGCAGAUGCAGAGACCUGUUGAGCUGCAUGCAGCUUACUAUCAUGACCGGAUGCUUCAAACUGCCAACGACAUAGGGCAGAUGGCGACGGAAAGCAUGCCGCCCAGGGGACAAGCUGUCAAGUCAUUCAAUAAACGUUUUAAAGAAUACGUGCUAACAAAGUUGAGAUGUGGUAGAGGCGACGACGUUGUCACUGGAGCGUACAACAUGCCAGUACCGAGGUCAGCCAGACCGAGUGCGGCGCCGUCGUCCAGACCGAGCGAGGCGCGUACAAGCCAUGGGCAGUGGGGGGAGGGUCCGAGUACAACAACGACAUUGCCACGACAUGACUCAUCUCUGCCACUACAUCGCUCUUCUUCGGUGCUGCUUCGUCAGGGGCAGACAUCACAGGACCAUGGCAUGGGCUUGGAUUCGAUGCCCGAGCUGUAUCUUUCCCAAACCCAUAUGCAUACACAGGAUAUGGAGCAUACACUCAAGGUGAGGGAUCUCGGCUGUAUCUCUCCACGCGAGGGAUCUCCAUGCCCGAGGAGACUCGUGUCCCAGAUUUAAACCAGUACCAGGUAGAAUGUCCAGACAGUACAGGCGAGGGAUCUGAUCAGGGCAUACCUGAUGUAAAUUGGAACGAUGAGUACACCCAACCUGGCGACAAUGUUAACGCAGUAGAUACAGAUUUCUUCAAAGAGGACGUUAUUGGCCCAUCUUUUAUUCCCGAGGAGUCACAACAACCAUACGCCUACAAUUACGCAUCAGGUUCGCAACAAGGAUUACAGACUCCACCACCUAUGCAGGAGUGGAGCCGGAGAGUGAAACUUUCAGAAGGACUGCAGAAAAGCAUACAUUUUUAUGGACUGAGGAGAGCGAGGACGAAGAUGAUAUCUUCAUGCCGCCGCUUCCGGGUUCUGCAUCAUCAAAGGGCAAGAGUUCUGCAUCGUCUAAGGGCAAGAGUACUACAUCCUCGAAGAGCAAGAGUUCUGCAUCGUCCAAGGGUAAGAUGUAACGCCCGGAUAAUCAUGCUACAGUAAUCCCACGCUAAUCAUGCCACGUCACUUUGGUUACUGUUGCUAACCUCGCAAUGAUUCGAAAACGUUUCAAAAUUUCAAUUCAAAAUAAGUCAAACAAUUAAAGUUUUCAGAAGUGGAAACAAAAAUGCUCAGGUGGUGCCGAAUAUUACAAAAAUAAUUAUAGUAAAGAAAACACAAAUUGAUAAAAUUCUUAAGUGCUGUAAAAUUAAAUAAAACAGAAAAGGAAAAUAAA